GGGAAUGUGUCAGUGUGUUGUCUCCUAGCUCUCUCUCUCUCUCUCUCUCUCUCUCUCUAUCUCACUCUCAUUUAAUUCGAACUACCUGCUUCCUUCCACGCACGCACGCGCGCACGAGGUUGUUUGUUUGUUUGCUAGUUCGAUUAGAGAAAUCACAUCGCUCUGAAUCAGAUCCUAAGCGUGGUUCUUCGUUUUCUCGUGCAUUGCGUCGCUGUUGCAGCGACCAAUCUUCCUCGAUUGAACCUGGAUCUCGCCUUGAAUUCGUCGUAUUGGAUUUAGGGCUGUUUGAUUGGAGGAAAGGAGCUCGAUUUUUUCGAGCUGGUGGGGGAGAUGGUGGUGUUCAGAUCGAGGAUAAAAUGGAUAGCGCUCCUUGUGCUCAUAUUAUCAGUGGGAUCUCUCGUUGUUCAUCUUUCGAUCACAAAGUCUUCAGGUGUACAGUUGGCUUCUUAUGCUAGAGAUUCCCUUUGGCAAGAUUUUGAUUCUUUGCUAGGGUCACAGGAUUUUAGAAAUAAGCAUUUAUGGAGGCCUGUCAAAGCACUAGAGACCUUGCAGCCUUAUGCCAAUCCAAGAAAUAGUUAUCCUGCUCCGAGUUCAAAAAACAAUGGCUACAUUUAUGCAAAGAUUUUUGGUGGAUUUGACAAGAUCAGAUCUUCUAUAUGUGAUCUUGUCACCAUAUCCAGGCUUCUAAAUGCUACUCUUAUCAUUCCAGAGCUUCAACAGAGUCUUCGCUCCAAAGGCAUCAGUAACAAGUUCAAGAGUUUCUCCUAUCUUUAUGAUGAGGAGCAGUUUAUAUCCUUUCUUAAAAAUGAUGUUAUCAUUGCCAAGGCUCUCCCUGAGAGCUUGAAAGCCGCAAGAAAAAGGAACGAGUUUCCUCUUUUUAAGCCCAAAAACUCUGCAUCGCCAAAUUAUUACCUCGAGGAUGUAUUGCCAAAGUUAAAGAAAGCUAAUGUUAUUGGAUUGAUCAUCUACGACGGGGGAUGCUUGCAGUCAACUUUGCCUGCGUCAAUGCUUGAACUUCAAAGACUAAGGUGUAGAGUUGCCUUCCAUACCCUCCAGCUCCGUUCAGAAAUCCAGGUGCUUGGCAAGAAGAUGGUUGACAGGUUACGUAAAUCAGGCCAACCCUUCCUAGCUUAUCAUCCUGGCUUAGUGAGGGAUAAAAUGGCAUAUCAUGGUUGUGCUGAGCUUUUCCAGGAUCUUCACAGUGAACUAAUUCAGUAUCGGCGGGCCCAGAUGAUUAAGCAGAAGUUUAUUUCAGAAGAACUUAUUGUAGACUCGCGUGUGCGCAGGGACAAAGGCUUAUGUCCUCUCAUGCCAGAAGAGGUUGGAAUCCUUCUGAAAGCACUGGGUUACUCUCAAAAAGUGAUUAUAUACUUAUCUGGUUCCGAAAUGUUUGGCGGCCAACGUGUUUUGAUCCCUCUGCGAGCCAUGUUUCCUAAUUUAGUGGAUCGGACUUCUUUAUGCAGCACAGAAGAAUUAUCCGAAUUGGUUGGUCCUGAGAUACCUCUUCCAGAAAAUACAUUUGAAAUGCCUCUUCGAAAAAGCGAUAAGCAGCUCCAAGAAGAGUGGAACAAGGCAGGCACUCGGCCUAGACCUCUCCCCCCUCCUCCAGACAGACCUAUCUACCAGCACGAAAAAGAAGGGUGGUAUGGUUGGCUUACAGAGAAUGAUACAGAACCAAUACCUUCACCUAUAGAUCUUAGGAAUCAAGCACACAGGUUACUGUGGGAUGCACUUGACUUUGUUGUAUCUGUAGAAGCUGAUGUGUUUUUCCCUGGUUUCAACAACGAUGGUAGUGGGUUGCCAGAUUUGUCAAGCUUGGUAAUGGGUCAGAGGCUCUAUGAAAGACCAUCGUCACGAACAUAUAGACUAGACAGGAAAGUUAUUCAAGAAUUUUUCAACAUUACACGUGAGGACAUGUACCAUCCCAACCGUAACUGGACAGUUCAUGUGAGGAAACAUCUUAACUCAAGUUUGGGUGAGAGUGGGCUUAUCAGGCAGUCUACGCUGUCGAAACCCAGGUUGUUUCUUUCGCAUCCACUUCCUGAAUGCUCAUGCAGAACAUCACCCCUCGAGGAUUCUAGACAAAUACGAAGUGACGAUGGUAGAUUUCUCUAUGGAGGUGAAGAUGAAUGCCCUAAAUGGAUAAAAUCAGCUGGGGUGGAAAAGAGUAAAACUGAUGAUAGUGAUCAACCUGAUUAUGAACAUGACCUUCUCACUGAACAGUCAGAAACUGAAGAAGAGUUUGCGAAGAGUAAGGUGGCUUCAGCUUUUGACCAGGAUGAAGAAUGGGAUCCCAACGACUAGUACUGUGACAACGAUUCACAUUCUGCCGUCAGGUGUCAUUUGAUUUUUCUAUAGUUACCGGCUUUUUUUUUUCUUUUCUGAGAAUAAGUUUUUUUUUAUAGUUUCAUUCUUUUAGUUGCAUACUCGUUAUACGUCAAAGCCUUCUCAAAGAUAUUAGUAUUGCCUCCAGACCACCCUUAUGCAGUGAAGGAUAACUGAAGCAGCGAUGGACGACCGUAAUGGUUCAUCUUUCCCUAAGGUCUUCCCAUGUAGAAAAUGUGAAGCUGGAGGUAUCUUUUGUUCUUUUUUCUCACCAUUGUAAAUCUUAUAAAGGGUUCAUUCAGAUUCUUUCUUCUCUUUUUCUUCAAUUGUUUUUUUUUUCUGGAUUUGUUUCGACAUACCACAGAUA